AUGACCGACAGCAAGAUUCCUCAGCCAGGCCCGGCCAAACUCAAACGCAAUGCCGGCCCCGACGAGUGGCUAGAGGCCGCCAAAGAUUGCAAGUAUCUGUCCGAACCACACAUGAAGCAGCUUUGCGAGAUCGUAAAAGAGUAUAUGAUGGAAGAGUCGAACAUUCAACCAGUGUCCACGCCGGUGACCGUCUGCGGUGAUAUCCAUGGCCAAUUCUACGAUCUCCUGGAACUCUUUCGAGUCUCCGGUGGUAUGCCCGAUGGCACGGAACUCGACUCCCCUAAAACCUCGCCCUCGGUGAUCACCUCGGCUGAUAUCGAGCCACCUUUCACAAUCACCGACCCUAAGAUACGCAAGAAGCUCCGAGGACCCGGUGUGAACUCCAACGAUGAAGAGGAAGAGACUGAGUCAAAUCCGAACCAGCGAAGUCGAUCAACAAGCCAGACCUCUGGGGAUCUUCAGAUCAACCGGAACUUUGUGUUUCUGGGAGAUUAUGUCGACCGAGGAUAUUUCAGUCUGGAAACGUUGACCCUGUUGCUGUGUCUCAAGGCCAAGUAUCCUGAUCGAGUCACACUGGUGCGUGGCAACCACGAGUCGCGACAGAUCACACAAGUAUACGGGUUUUAUGAGGAGUGUUUCCAAAAGUACGGAAGUGCUUCGGUGUGGAAAGCGUGUUGUCAGGUCUUUGACUUUAUGACACUCGGGGCUAUUAUCGACGGCAAGGUCCUAUGUGUUCACGGCGGUCUCAGUCCUGAAAUUCGUACGCUCGACCAGGUCCGCGUGGUGGCCCGGGCGCAAGAGAUUCCCCACGAGGGCGCCUUCUGCGAUCUAGUCUGGUCGGAUCCCGAUGAUGUGGAGACAUGGGCAGUUAGCCCUCGAGGAGCAGGCUGGUUAUUCGGCGACCGUGUGGCCGACGAGUUCUGUCAUGUCAACGAUCUCUCGUUGAUUGCCCGUGCCCACCAGCUGGUCAACGAGGGCUACAAAUACCAUUUCAACAACCAAAAUGUCGUCACCGUAUGGAGUGCCCCCAACUACUGCUACCGCUGUGGCAACCUGGCCUCCGUCUGUGAGAUCGGAGAUGACCUCAAACCAACCUUUAAGCUCUUCAGCGCAGUUGGCGACGACCAGCGGCAUGUUCCUACCUCCCGCCCAGGCCGCAGCGAGUACUUUUUGUAA